GGAUCGAAGAAUGCAAUAACUAUAUAUCCAAAAUGUCUUGUCAAAUUUGAUGUGUCUUUAUGCCUAUAAAUUUCAAGUACAAAUCAAUAUAAUGAAGUGAACAUAAACAUAGAAAAACGUAAUGCCAUCUCCAGUUAGCAGUGUACAGGAACCCUCAACAGCCCCAACAACACAUACUCAUACCCAUUCCGUUGAAACAAAGACCGAAAAAAAACCGACAGUUUUAGAAAGUCAUGGGUACUAUUUGGGGAAAACAAUAGGUUCUGGUUCGUAUGCCACAGUGAGGGUAGCACACAGCGAACGGCAUGAAGGCAAUGUUGCAGUAAAAAUUGUGAGCAAAUUUACAGCUCCGGCAGAUUAUUUAAAAAAGUUUUUACCACGCGAAAUAGAAGUAGUUAAAGGACUGAAACAUCCUAAUUUAAUAAGAUUUUUGCAAGCUAUUGAGACAACCCACAGGUAGUGAUUUCGAUUUUUUAAUACACUCUAGAACUUUGA